UACCAGGAUGUAACAAAAAUAUAACGAUGACAUUCGUAAAUUUUGAUGUAUAAAGAAGUCACUUUUGGAUUUAACUGUUGUAUAUGAAAUAGAAAGAUGAGCGUAGAUUUGGAAUCUACCAGCAAUGUUGAUGAAAUAUAUGCCUGGAUCGAGCAAAUACAAUUUUCUAAGCCGAAAAAAAAUCUUGCUCGGGAUUUCUCCGAUGGCGUUUUCAUGGCCGAAUUAUUAAAACGAUAUUAUCCCAGAUACGUCGAUAUACAUAAUUAUAUUCCGGGAAAUAGUGUCGCCAAGAAGAUAGACAACUGGUCCACAUUGAACCGCAAGGUAUUUUCAAAGCUUGACAUGAAAUUAGGGAAGGACGUGAUCAAUCAAUUAGCGAAUUCGCAACCGGGUACAAUUGAAAAGCUUUUAGUUGACCUGCGUUCAAAAAUUUUGAAAGACUGCAACGCGGACAGGAAUUCUUUGUACUCAGAAUACGAGGAACACGAGAAAAAGGAAGUUGUUAAGUCUGUGCUUAAUCCCGAGGAGGUAGCGAACAAAACUGUUCCACGUCACGUUUUCGUUAAAUUGAAACAAGAAUUGCAAGAAAAAAAUGACGUAAUAAAUACAUUGCAUCAAAAAGUGUCCCACCUCGAAUCUUUGAUGAAGUUGAAAGAACAAAGAAUCGCAGAUCUUACAUCGCAAAUAAUAAAAUCUACAGAGCAAAGCAUUACACCGAGAUCUGGGAAUUUAUCUUCCACAAUCAGUCAAAUAUCGAAACUUCAAAUGAAAAGCUAGUGCAUUAGAAUUAAAAGAAAUAUCACGCAUAUCUUAAACGAUUCUACUACUCAAAAAUUUGUAUCAUUUAUAAACUUGUAAGUGAUCUUCCAUUUUAAUACAGUGUACUGAUUUAACUUUUAAUAGAAUUU